AUGACUGCUGCGAUGGGAUGUCAGUCAAAUGGAAUGAGAGCUGACGGUGGGACAGAAACCGGCCGAGAGGCGGCAGCCACAGCAAAUGGCGGCAAACAGUGCCCGGCGCAGUUGCGAGGGCGGCUCGAAGACUUGGAUGGGAGCGCUGGCUCUGCCCAAGUUUCGUCGACCCUCCAUCUCGCUCAGACCUUCCCCCUCGCAUUGCUCGCAGGACGACCAAGUCAAGCAUUUGUGCUUGCACUCCCUCAUUCCUUCACCAUGUCAACGCAGCACCCUGCUCAGCCCGAUCCUUAUCCAUCCUCCGCCCAAUCCCAUCCAUGCCCCCCGAAGGAGACAAAGGCCCCGUACGACGACCUCAUCGACCAGUAUGCCACGUCCUACAAGCCAUACUCUGCUGAGCGUCCACUCACUGAUGUUCGCCAACACAACCCCGAACCUAUUCCUCUAUAUCCUCUCGCUUCACGACAAUCAAACUACAGCGAUAUCUCGUUCAAAGACGCGAAAGAUUUUGAUGACCAUGUGCCUCAGCACCUUGACUUGGGGUAUCCUCCCAAAACAAGCCUGGAGCAGGGUCAGGACAAACCUUCGCGAAAUUUUUGGGGGGUUCUGCGCGCCAUGUUCAUACCAGACUCUCUUUCUGGCCGCUUGUAUCUGCUGACUGUCCUUGUCGAAACAGCCAUUGACCUUGCAGUUGAAGCCGAGCUUUAUCUUCGUCUUCGGCAGACAGGCUCAACCAGUGGUGACAGCCAAGAAUCAGAGAAGAUGCCUGUUUAUCUUAGUAUCUUUGCCAUCGCACACGUUUUCCAAUAUGCCAUGGCUUUGGAUGCCGUGUACGCACGAAACACCUUGCAAUUCAUCGCCCUAACCAUUUUCAAUGCACUCCUCCUCUUCUACGCCAUCAUUGAGAUCAAUGAGAUUGGCAACCCCCCAGUCCAAUCUGGCAUCUCGAUCCAUACCCUUACCAUCAUAAUCCCCAUUGUCAUUUCCGUUGCUCACAUUGCCUACAUGACACUUGGCUGGAAGAUUUAUACCGAGUUCGGCUGGAAGGUUUACAAGUUUCUCGGCGCGGAUCGUCGAAUCAAGUCGAUGUAUGCCCACUACCAGAUCUUCCUUUGCUUGAUGAAGUUCGACCUCUUCUUUUGGAUCGGAUUUUCCGUGCAGUUCAUUUGGCUAGUUCUGAGUGCACACAAUGCCGAGUAUUACCUCACCUGCGCUGCGUUCCCAGUUUCUCUCUUGGUACUCAUAAUUGGCCACCUGGCAGUCCGUCGUGAAAACAAAUGGAUGAUGUUGACAUUUAUGACGGGCUGUGCAGGUGCGAUGGUGUAUUUCACAUACAAGCUGGUCAAAGUAGUGCAGCUGCGCAACACAAGCACGUAUGUCGAUGUCUGGAGAACCCUGGCAAUAUUUUCUGUGAUUGCGAUCAUUCUGCUCCUCUCGACAUCUGUGUUCGCUUGCAUUGUGAUGAACAACUUCGGCAAAGGGUUGAAAGCUCAGAUGGCAAAGAGCUCUGACCAAGGGCGACGACGCGGCAAAUCGCAGGACAUCCACCGAGGUCCCAUGAGCACUCAUCCGAACCGAAUGAGUAUUGAAUAA